AUGGCCCACAUCAGAUCACAACAACUUGUUCAUUUUUAUCGUUUUCCCAAUAGAGAAUACAUGUACGAAAACAUCACAGCUCUUAAGAUCAUCAAGCCACGAGAUAAACAAGAUGCUCUGAAAGACAUAGACUUAUUGUUUACUUCUGUAUCUGCAUCAACUGUCUCUAGCAUGGCUACUGUUGAAAUGGAGGAUUUCUCAAGUGCUCAGCUCUGCAUAUUGACUAUUUUAAUGCUGAUUGGUGGAGAGAUACUAGCUGGAAUUACAUUAUUUGCCCCAUGCUUGAGAUUCCUGGUGUGGUCACUUAAGAAGGUAACUGGACAAGAUGAAUAUCAUUUCAUUCUUCAGCACCCGGAGACCAUUGGAUAUAAGCAUCUUAUGAGUAGCAAGGAGUGUGUUUAUUUGAUGUCAACUGUUUUCAGCUUCAUAAUUACACAAACCAUACUAUUUUGCUCUCUAGAAUGGAGCUCAGAGGCUUUACGGGAAAUGAACAGCUAUGAGAAGAUAAUAGGUGCUCUCUUCCAGUCUACUAAUGCAAGGCAUGCUGGCGAAUAUGUAGUUGAUCUGUCAAGCCUUUCUUCCGCAAUCCUAGUCUUGUACACUGUAAUGAUCGCAUAUGGGAAUGUGGGUUUCUCUGUUGGUUACAGUUGCAAGAGGCUACUGAAUCAUGAUGUCUACUGCAAGGAUGCUUCGUAUGGAUUUGUUGGAAAAUGGAGUGACAAGGGGAAAGUAAUUCUGAUUAUGGUCAUGGUUUUUGGGAGGCUUAAAGCGUUCAAUAUGUGUUAG